AUGGAAGCGACACAGGAAUCGACUCAGCCAUGUGCUGACCCCCGCCGGAUGGGACUGAACAACUCCGGACUUCAAGACCAAGAUCUGGCUGACAUCAUCUGUAUCCUGCACCCGAACUCACACGCAGCGCACAAUGCAGUGGCGGCGACAGCAGGCUUGGGCGACCAGCACAUUCUCCAGAAAGAUGUCUUGGAACUUGAGACAUCGGAGACUGCAGCACUGGACGUGGCACUCAGACUAUCCUCAGAUGUUCACGACCUUGGCGCCGGCUUUUGCUUUGGGCGCAACAAGGCACGCUGUGAUGUCCUCCUUGCCGUUGAUGAUGAAGCCAAACGAGUUUCCAACACCCACUUCCGCAUUUAUCUGACUGGCGACGGCAUCAUCAUGCUCCAAGAUACCUCGACCAACGGAACCAUUGUAGACAACUGCCGGCUUCGAAAGAGCCAGAAGGAAAACAGUCGCAUGCUUACCAACGGCUCAGUCAUACAGGUUGUUACUGGCAACCAUGGAUCAGAUGAGGUUCGCUUCGUGGUCCGAAUUCCAUCGCGUGAAGGCUUCGCCAUGCAGUACACACAGAACUGCCUUCGGUAUUUUGAGCGAGUCCAGCAGGUCGUCAGUGCUGCUGGUCAUCACAAGACUCGGCCUGGGCCGCCACCUGUUCUCUCGUGGUCCGUUGCCAACAGUCACGGCAUGCACUGGACGGGCGCUCCGACAUACAAUGUCACUGGCCAAAUUGGAAAGGGUGCAUUUGCUACCGUGUAUAAGCUUGCCACCAAGCAACACGGAGCAAUCUUUGCGGCAAAAGAGCUCGACAAGCGACGUUUCAUGAAGAACGGCAUACUGGACCAAAAGGUCGAUAACGAGAUGAGGAUAAUGAAGGACCUCACACAUCCAAAUAUCGUUCAAUAUAUUGAUCACCACGAGCAUGACCGAUGGAUUUACAUCAUCAUGGAGUAUGUGCCUGGGGGCGAGUUGUCGACCUACCUGUCAAGCCAUGGCAAAAUUCCCGAAGAGAUGGUGAGAACAAUUGCUCGCCAACUUCUUCGCGCCUUGCACUAUUGUCACAAACGACGCAUAACGCAUCGUGAUAUCAAGCCUGAUAACAUUCUUAUUGCAUCUCUGGAUCCGUUACGAGUCAAGUUGUCCGACUUUGGGCUGUCCAAGGUCACGCAGGAAGAGACAUUCCUGAAAACCUUCUGUGGCACACUGCUGUAUUGUGCGCCAGAGGUAUAUCCUGACUAUGAACAAUAUCGUCGCGGCGAAUUGAGAAAGAGACGCCGUGUUGGAGAUCCGCCACCAAAGACAUCUCCAUACAGCCAGUCCGUCGAUAUGUGGUCACUCGGUGCGGUACUGUAUCAUGUUCUCUCAGGCGUGCCACCGUACUCGGGGCGUGCUGAAGAUCGAGGUGUACACAUGCUCCGCACUAUCAUGGAGUCACAGGCGGACUUCGACGUUCUGCGCCGUGCUGGUGUAUCUGAAUCCGGGAUCAAUUUCGUUGCCCAGUUAUUGAACAGAGAUCCAUUUUGUCGUCCAACCGAGAAGGAAUGCUUCCAGCAUCCAUGGAUCUCUGAGGUGCCUGAUGUGGAUGAGUAUCCGGACGAUGAAGACAUCCUCGGUGAGACCCGUGAAGGUCUGUCGGUUAUUGGCGAGGCAGAGGAGGAACUCGAUGCGUCGCAGCUGUCCAUCCGAGACGAUCCAGCGUACACGUACGGCGAGGAAGAACAAGGAAGUAGCAACGAGGGACUCUCCAAAAAGCCACGCAUUGAAUAUGUUGCGACGGAUAUUCGCUACCCCUCGCUUCCCAAAAUUGAUAGUCUUCAAGACGGUCAAAUUGUUGCCGAACACCAAGCCCGACGACUCUUCGGUGAAGUGAGCUCGUCGGCCUUACGCAGCUCCCACGCAUUAGGCAACCCUGGUUCUUGGAACGCCGACGAGUUCGACAUUGAGGGCUUUGUUUCUUCUGGUGAGUCUAUCAGUGAUGAUCGCAGCGUCUUUUCGAUCAUUUCUCUCCCAGAACACCCGUUCGGCGGCACCGCGCCCAGUUUAAUGGGCGCUGAGAACCUCGUCGGACGACUGAACAUGAAUUCCUCGUAUCCUUUCCUCCAUCCUCAGGCUGGUCCGGUUAACGUGACAUCGACUCGGCAGACAAGCCCCGGUCAAUCCAAGGACCCCACGAUGGCAGCACCAUCACGCCAGCACCGUCGACGUAUCGAAAAACACAUGUCUUCCACCGCCAGUGAACAAUCCAGCGCCAACGCCGAGAGCGUUCCCUACAAUCCCGCUUCGCCUCGAGACGUCCCCGACGAGGGUUUCGACCCUGAACUUGCAACCACUCUCGAUGCUCAAACCGGUCAGGCAAUCAUAGACCAACUCGGAACAGCCGAAAUUGAAGCAUCCGAGCCGAUUGUUCACCAGCCUGAUCAAAUUGCCAUUUCGCGCAGCCUGUCCACGGAAGAGUUCACCAAACCACCUAAGCUCUUGGGGAGACUAAAGAGUACUCCAGGCUCGAUCCUUGAUGUGAAUAUCCGACUCGAACGUCGAAUGACCUCAUGGGGUCGUGGUUCAGGCGCCACAUUCCAGCACCCCAAUCCAAUGGACGUCCGGAUCCCCGCUUAUGCCGUCGAAGUCACAUUCUGGGUGAAGGGAAUGGAGCUCCAGAUCGCGCGAGGUAAGGACUGGACUGAGAUUGCCGGCGUGGCAGCCAUCCUGUCCACCAAAGCUCGCAAGGGAAUCUGGGUCAACGGCAUUGCGCUCCACAAAGCCGGCUCCGAGGACAUGCAAUACGGUAAUCUGUACAAUGGAGAUAUCAUCACGAUCUAUCGGCACAAAGAUGCCUAUCUCGAUCUACAGUGUGAGUUCUACCACGGCGAAAGCGCGCAGCCCCGCCCGGCUCAUGAAGCCGGCUUUGUGGUUCGCAAGGCGCUGCUUGGCAAGUCGGACGGCGCGAACCGCAUGCCCGUUCAAACGAACCGAAAGAAGGAAGCCGAAUAA